AUGCACAACUCCCCCGACCGGUUGCCGAUCCAGUACCCCACCCCGGAGCCCCGACGCAUGAAGCGUCAGCACACCCCCCGGUACUACGCCCACCGGGUCCGUGAAAGCCUCACCACCCGGGUCUCCAAGCUUUUCUGCACCAUCUUCUUGGGCCUCCUCCUCAUUCUUGGCAUGGUAGCGUUCAUUCUAUGGCUUAGUCUACGUCCACACCGCCCAAGAUUUCAUAUCCAUGCAUUUACGGUUCCGGGUUUGAACCAAGAAACCGGGUUUGAAAAUGCUGUGAUCACAUUCAAUGCCACGGCCCGUAACGCCAACCAUGAUAUUGGUAUAUACUAUGACUCAAUGGACGGGUCGGCUUAUUAUAAGGACCAGCGGAUUGGGUCAAUCUCCGGGUUACUGCCCCCGUUUUAUCAAGGGCCUAAGAACACGACGAUCGUGGCUGGGUCGUUUACUGGGGCUACCUUAACGGUGAAUAGCCAGCGUUGGAUGGAGUUCAUCAAUGAUCGUUCGAGAGGAACGGUCGUGUUUCGACUUGAAUUUUCGGCUACGAUUAGGUUUAGGAUUCAGUCGUGGGAUAGUAAGCGCCAUCGGAUGCACGCCAACUGUGAUGUCGAUGUGGGCCAGGACGGCUUGAUCUUGCCCGUUUCUAAAGAUAGGAGAUGCCCUGUCUAUUUCACCUGA